AUGGGCUCCUUAGAAGCUGGGUUGCUUAUCUCAUCAGUGUUCUCUAUGUCUAGUAUAGAGCCAGAAAGGAGAAAGAGAAUGUCAGCUUCAAGAACCACGCUAUUCAGUGGGUCUUUGGAAAGUGAAGUGCUUUCAGCUGAUGAUAUGAUUAAUCCAAUGACAUCUUCUUUGUUUCCUCUUACAAACAUGAACAUUGAUCAAAUCCAACAGAUGAUCCCACAUGGGAGGAUGUACCCUUACCCAAUGGUUGCAACGUUUCUGGUAGCGGAACUAGAAUUAGAGGUGGCGGAAUGGUUUUUACUCAACAUGACAUGGGCAGUGGAAUGGAAUUGA